AUGUGCAAGUUGGUAACUGGAUUGCGGUUGCAGCUGAAAAGUAUGUUCUUUGUCCUGCUGUUUCUGAGUUGUGUAUCGUCGGAAGUUAUCAGGGUUAAACUCCACCCAACGAAGUCUCUGCAGCGCAAUAUAAUUGAGUUCGGGACGUCCUUUGAAAAUCUCAAAAAGCUUUGGUUAUCAAGGCUAUCAGGAAAUACCUCUGGUGCACCCGAAUAUUUGAAAAACUAUUUGGACGCUCAGUAUUAUGGAGAUAUAACCAUUGGAACUCCACCACAGACAUUCGGUGUUGUAUUUGACACCGGUUCAUCUAAUCUUUGGGUCCCGUCAAAACACUGCAGCUAUUUUGAUAUUGCUUGUUUGUUCCAUAGAAAAUACGACAGCUCAAAAUCCUCUACUUAUGUUCCGAAUGGCACUGAAUUUAGUAUUCGAUAUGGCACUGGUAGCCUAAGUGGCUUCCUUAGUUCCGAUGUUGUUCAGGUAGGUUCAACUAAAGUCAUUGGCCAAACCUUUGGAGAAGCUACGCAACAACCUGGGAUUACCUUCAUCAUGGCCAAAUUCGAUGGAAUCCUCGGUAUGGCCUAUCCCUCAAUAGCUGUCGGUGGUGUUACUCCUGUAUUUGUAAAUAUGAUCCGCCAGAAUUUACUUGAUUCCCCAGUAUUUUCAUUUUAUCUUAAUAGAAAUGCAUCAGCUUCGCUUGGUGGUGAAUUAAUGAUUGGUGGUAUAGACAAAAAGUAUUAUACUGGUGAAAUCAACUACGUAGAUUUAAAGGAGAAAUCUUAUUGGCUGUUUCAAAUGGACAAGCUGAUAGUAUCAGACACAACAGUAUGUCUGGAUGGUUGUCUGGCCAUUGCAGACACUGGUACUUCAAUGAUCGCUGGUCCAACUAAAGAGAUAACAGAAAUCAAUACGAAAAUUGGCGGCACUUAUUUGCCUGGUGGUAUUUAUAGUAUUCCAUGUGAUCGGAUGACUAACCUCCCGAAGAUUGAUUUUUUAAUAAAUGGAAAAAAUAUGACAUUAGAUCCUACAGAUUAUAUAAUGAAGGUAUCCCAAUUUGGUACAGAGAUUUGCUUGAGUGGUUUUAUGGGUUUGGACUUGCCUAAGCGAAAGUUGUGGAUAUUAGGGGAUGUUUUUAUUGGUAAGUAUUACACGAUAUUCGAUAUGGGCGAAAAUCGUGUUGGCUUUGCUGAAGCUGUUAGCCCAGAUUCCAUUCAACAAAAGAAAUCCUAUAGUCCAAUGAUGCGAUUGUUUCCUGCUCAGCCUAUUUCUCAGGUUGCCUCCAAAGUUCCAAGUGAAGUAUUCCCCUUUUCAAAGCUUAUAGAAGAUAUAGUUUAA